AUGUGCCUUGCUGCAUUAUUGACAGCAUAUCGGAAUCUACAAACCGAGAUUACAUCCAGGAUUCAUUCAAAGGCAUUCGAACCCGGCCAUUCUGUGCCAGCCAUCCGCAUUCAUUACACGUUUCGUGCCGUGCCGUACCGUGCUUAUUGGAGUUUCCGUGCUCUAUCGUAUGGGCUGACUGACGUAUGCAAACUCGUCUCUGGUGAAAACUGUUUGGUAGUGAAGCCAACAGCCCAGCGAGACCCUUUGAUUAUCAUUCUCCUGCUAAGGAAGGAUUGUUUGCAUUUGUAA